ACACAUGACAUGCAGAUCGACUCAGAGUGUGCAAGGAAACAACGGAAACUUCCUGCAUGCUACAUGGGGAUGUGCCUUCGAUGUCACUGUGGUUUUUGCAAGUAGAGUUUCACGUUAUUAAAAAAGACUGUAAGAUCUCUUAGUGCGUUAUGGUAUAAGUUCAUGUGAUAAGCUCAGAUAAGCGCUCAGAUUUUACUUUGGCAUCAUCUUGGAGGAAAUAAAGGUGCAGGUUUAGCAGCUCUACAUUUGUUCGAGCUAACAGGUGCACAGGAGAUGAAGACUUCCUGGCUGUGUGCGACCCUCCUGCCCCUUUUCCUCUUCAGCUGUGCCCUUCCUGACAAGCAGUGCCAGUGGAAAGACAACAUCCCAGAAAUCCAGCGUGCAAAAGUCCACAGCAAUGUUUCUGUGCCCUGUCCCAGUUUUACAGCAGUGGAGAUGAGGUUCAACUUGUUUAAGGGCCCAAAUAAUAUUGCCUCCAUCACAUAUGGGAAUAUCUCACACGUGAUGAACUCAGAACACCUCGGAAGCAAGAUGAAUCAUUAUGUACGUACCGAAUCCAACAACACUUGCUUUGUGCUUCACAACGUUACUAUGGAUGCCACGGGCUUGUACACAUGCACGGCUACAAGGUCCUACCCUCCCCCAAUGGUGGAUAUCCAGGAGGCACCUCAGACUAUCGUGAUUGUUGAAGAGCAUGUGUGUGUGGGGAACAGCCUAAGACCAGUAUCUUCUGCCACACAUCUGCCCCUGUGGGUGGGGUUCGGGCUACUGUGCUUAUACGGCCUGAUCAUCACUUGCAUUGCUUUAUCACUCAGGUUCCGCCUGAAGAGAGAGCAAAUGUCUUCACACGACUACAUGAACAUGAAGCCACGAACACGGCGGAGGAAGCAAGGCAUCCUUCACCCCACACACCUCAGCUGGUACAACGACACGGCCAACGGCUCGGCAGCCAGCAAGAAGCUUCCCACCAAACGAACACCUGUUUAAAUCCAAGACUCAUCUUAAACUAUUUAUCCACCGCAUAGCACUGCACAUUUCAUUGUGUAUUGUUGCUCUGAUCCACAUGAUCCACAGGUUAAAAAUGCAGAAAUGAACUAGUUGAGUUAUAUUCAGGUGUGUUGGAGGAAAGAGAACAUGCUGCACUAAAUGAAUUAGAUUAUUCAACCACACACACUCUUACUUGUGCAGAAACUGUAGCAAACGUAUAGAUAGUCUCAAGGAUUUAUGGAGUUUUCUUUUCGUCUUAUAUUGCUUCAGUCAUUAUUGUGUUUUUGUAAAUAUUAGGCAUACUUAAAAACUUCAUGCUUGUUAACUGAGAUAAACAUUUUACUGUUUACUUUUACUUACUGAUUAAUAGUAGAGCCUGAACUGUAGAAUCAGCUGAUCUCUGAUUUAAUCACAAGUGGCAUCAGAAUUAUUGGCACCCUGUAAAAUAAAGAUGCAGUCGUAUAAUAUUAGUUUUUGGCAGCCAGUACAAUCAUCCUUUAAUCAUUUUUGUCCAGCACAAUUUUCUGUAUUUUGUUAAAAUGUCCAUCUAAAACCAAGAAACCUCUUCGCUGAGGUAAACAGGUAACAAACCAAAAAGUCUGUAAUAGAAAUCUGUGAAUUUUACAAAAAAUAUAUACUUUUCUUAGCUUUUAUUUAAAAAUAUGUUUGUACCGAUAUGAGUUUUAGAAUUAUUGCUUAUUUUCUUGCCUGUUUUCUGUGAGGUUGACUGCAAACAUACACUACCGACAGUAUAAAAUAAUGGCUUAACACCAUAUAUAUAUAUAUAUAUAUA